AUGGGAACGACACGACAUGAGGUCGUCGUCGGUCCUGGAACGACGCGGUCCUGGAACGCUGUCGGUCCUGCAAUUGUCGGUCCUUCCCUGGUUGCCAAGGAACUAGGUACUUAG